CUCUCCCAGCAGACACGAAGAUGUACAGGAUAUUUAUGCCUGGAGAUUCACGCUUCCCUUUUCCAUUUCUCCCUGCAGAGAGUCCCUGGGGGCUGCCUGUGGUGGCCGAUGGCCCGGCUUCCUUAGCAAAGGACGUGAUGGCGGAACUGGCCAGUCUGAAGCUGGAAAAGAAGCCAUGGCCUGGAGGGUCGCACUCCCUCCGCUACCACUACCUGGCCCUGUCAGAGCCAGGCCCCGGCCUCCCCCACUUUCUGGCUGUGGGCUACGUGGACGACCACCCCUUCAUACGGUACGACAGUCGUGUGGGCAGGGCCGAGCCCCAGGCCCCAUGGAUCGCGCCCCUGGACGCCCAGUACUGGGAGACAGAGACCCAGAAGCAGAGGGCCUGGGCAGAGGUGCAGCAGGUGGAGAUGUGGACGGUGAUGGGCUACUACAACCAGAGUGGCGGCCGGCACAGCGCUCAGCGCAUGUUCGGCUGUAACAUGCAGGAGGACGGCCGCUCCAGCAGCUUCUGGCAGUUCGGCUUUGAUGGGCAGGAUCACCUGUCGCUGGACCUGGAGACUCUGAGCUGGGUGUCAGCUGAGCCCAUGGCCGUGCGGACCAAGCGCUGGUGGGAGUCGGAGCGCUGCUACGCUGAGUACGACAAGGCCUACCUGGAAGGCCUCUGCCUCGCCUCCCUGCGCAGGUACCUGGAGCUCGGAGGCCCAAGCCUCACCCGGAGAGAGCCGCCCACAGUGCAGGUGACGAGGCACGUGAUCCAGGGCAGGGGCGUCACACUGAGGUGCUGGGCCCUGGGCUUCUACCCACAGGACAUCUCACUGAGCUGGUGGCUGGGUGAGGAGGAACUGACCCUGGAGACCGAAACCGCCCUCCAGUCAAGGAUUCAUUGCCAUGGUUAUCUGCCCCAUCCUGUUCUUGCUGGUGGUUGGAGCUGUGAUCCUGACCAGGAGGUACCUUCAAGGUGGAGAGGAACCCCCAUAAUUCCCAAAGCCCAGCGAGAGCAGGGGCAGCUCAGCUUCCCUCUGGCCAGAAGUUCGCACACCAAGGAAGUGUUCUGGGGGGUGUUCGGGGGCCUGGAAGCCCCUUGCACUGCUGGCUGGCAGAUGUGAUCUGUCCAUGAUGAGCCCAUCCCACCCCAAAACUGAGCCCUCCUCAACCUCGUCAGCUUUGUUACAAGUGGUCUGUGCCACUAAGGUGGCUCUGUGAUCUUCCUGAAGUUCUUUGAAAAAUGUAAUAAUUCCUCAUCUUCUACGCUUGAUAGUUUGCAGAAUGACUUCAUGUUAAGUGUAAAUCUCAACUUGAGCCUCUCAGGCACCCUGUGACUGUGUGGGUCAGGGUAAGGGUAUGUAAGGGUGUGCGGGUGGGUGUGGUGUGUGUGUGCAUUAGGGUGUGCGAUGUGUUGGUGAUGGGGGGUGUCCUUGUGUAUCUGAGGAGGAGCUUAGAGGAACAGGUGCUCAGGGGCCUGUCAGUUAACCCUGGGCAGCUGCAGGAUGGGAAACAACUCUGUCUAUAUUUUCCUUCCUGUCCUUUUGAAUGGUUUGAGUUUUUACAAUAAGCACAUGCUACUUUUACAGUAACAUUUUUGCUAUGUCCUGUGGAAAUGCUUGUUAAGGGUGUGUCUGCAAAGGCCCAGCCUAACCUUUCUGAAUUUCAACAGAGCAGAAAACCCCAUGUCUCCUUUGCAAACAGGAAUCACCAUGGGACCACAUCUUUGCUUAUUUAGCAAACAGUUCCUAUCUCUUGGCCACCUGAUAUGCAAGGGACUGGGACGGAGAGAGGCCAGGCACUCUCUGCCUUUCCUUCAGUGACUUCAGGGCCUGACAGGGUCUCCUGUGGGGAUGUCUGAAACCUGUGUCUGCAGCCCUGGGAGGCCCAAAGCCCAGGGUUUGAAAGAUGUGAUAUUAGAAAAGGAUUCAGAUUGCACUGAGGAUGUGUGUCUAUCUCAGCGAUGCCAUCGUGUCCCACCUAUGGAACCUCGUCCUAAGCAGGGUUCUAAGUGUGGUGGGACAGCUUCUGCGCUGGGGCUGGCCCUGCCUCUGCCCUGGCACUGCAUGGUCCCAGACCUUUUGCUCUCAGACAGCCUCCAGGUUCUUGACUCACCCAGGAAAAAUUUCAAGGAUGAAUCUGAGUGAGAACAAAGCAAGUUUUAUUUAGGUAGACAAAAGGAAAGAGGCCAGGG